AUGAAUGGUAAUAAAUGUGAUGAUUGUGCAACUGGAAAAAUAACAAAAGAUGAUAAGUGUGAUACAUCAACAAAUGCAUGUGGAAAUAAAUGUGCAACAUGUGAAGAAGUUAUUGGUAACCCAACAGCAAAAUGCACCAAAUGCGCUACAACAACUGAUUACAUUAAUCUUGACGAAACUUGUGCUAAAACUUGCAAAACUGGGAAAGUCAAUAAAGAUACAAAGAAGUGUGAAGAAUGCACUAUUAGUGGCUGCGAAAUUUGUGAAACGGUUGGAACUAUUGAACAAUGCACUAAUUGUAAAAAUAAAUACAUUGCUGCCGACAAACUUUUAUGUGUUGAUUUAUGCACCACUGGUAAACCAGUUGAGACUCCAAUCAAAAAGUGUGAUUUAUGUGUUACUGCUAAUUGCGAUGUUUGUGAUAAAGACGACAACUGCACCAAAUGCAAUACCAAAUUCAAUCUUGUGUCUGACACUUUGAAGUGUGUUGAUAUAUGUCCAGAAGGAUAUAUGACAGAUAAAACCAAUAAAAAUGUAUUAAAUGUACCAUUGAAGGUUGUGCAACUUGUGAAAAGGCAGAUGAAUGCACUGCCUGUAUGGCAGAAUACAAGUUGGAGAAAGGAAUAUGUAACGGAGCACAUGCCGUGA